AUGUACAUUCAUAAAUAUACGUUGCUAGUACUUUCGUUCGUCGCUGGCCUUGCUCAAGGAUCUCAGAUAAACGGUGUAGUCAACCAUUUUAAUAUAACACAAUAUACUGCACCGCACUUGGAUCUUUCUACCGUCAGGAAUAGUCAGUUGCUUAUAUUUGAUGACUUUCAAACGUUUGAUUACUAUACAUACAAAGGGCAGCAAAUUUUUACAGGCUUAGCCGACGAGAGGAAAAACUCGUUAAUCUACUAUUCCAAUAAUACUUAUGUUCAGUUGGCAGAGUUACCAGACGGUGCAGAAAUAAAGAAAAUAGUUCCGUGGGGUGAUGAUAGUUUUAUUUUAAGUGGCAGGGGUGUGUUUGAAGGCCAUCGAUUGGAGCACCAAUUAAUCUAUAAUCUAUCAAGCUUCGAGAUAACGGAAAUACUUAAAGAGCCAUUAGAACACGUCAAUGACAUUUUAACGGACGGCGAGGUGGUAUACUUUGGAGGUGGUUUCACAUAUAAUGAUGGAAACUUGUCGGGCCACAGUGUGGUGAAGUGGGAUGCAACAGAUAAAUCAAGUUCGUUAUUACCUUUCUAUGGCUUUGGGCAGGGCUCUGUGGUAAACAACAUAAUAAAAUUGGAUGAUAGUAAUAUAUUAUUUGUUGGCAAAUUUUCUACAAUUGAUAAUACUGCAUUAUUGCCACAUAGAAAUGUUUCCAGCAGUUUCUUAUCAAACAGCACAAACAUAGAAACAAACGCCUUGGCAUCACUCCGAUUUUCAUCUUUGGUUCAUGACGGAACCUUGAAUAGUUCAGCGUUCGUUUGUCCUGAGGGUUCAGCUGAUUCUUGGACGAUACCGCAUAGCACUAUGGGCGAACUCACUAUUCGGGUUAUUAAUCAGAUGACGCCUUCAAAAAUUAGAAUCUACAAUUCCAAGGAUUCCAAUAAUCAAGUCAACUUGUUCAGAAUUGUAACAUCCCCAUCUAGAAGUAUCAUGAACAUGACUUACGUUGACCCCAUAACUGGAGCAUUAGCUGUGUGUGAUGCUUGGUGCCCUCUUCAGCCACUAUCGGUGCUUUCCAAUCUAGCAGAAAAUAGUACGUCAUCUGUAAUGGCAGCAUUUCCGAAUAACAACAAUGUCCUUGUUAAAUGGACGGCCGCAUAUCAAGAAUUUGCAUUCGUUAAUCGCGUCCCCAUACAAGAGUUAACAUUCAUCGCCAUAGAUUCUUUUGGUCACAAUGUGGGAUUACUAGGUAUCGAAUUAUUCCAAGCUGAAUAUGAUACUUACGUAAACAACACAUUAAAUCAACCCAACUGUGACUCUCAACAAAAUUUCCCUGCUUCUGUAGUCUCUAAAGAUACCGUAUGGUAUCAAGGACUUCCAGAUCAAAGCUACAUGGCAACUUCAUUUACCGCAGGUAAACCAAGCGUAACUUUGACGCCUUCCAUUCCUUAUCCAGGUAUUUACACUCUAAAUUUGGUUACUCCUGGUUGUCUGACUGAUAACACUUGUGCAUUCAGGGGAAUUGUAAACGUCACUAUACGCGCACAAAAUGGAACCCAUUUAAUGAAUCGUUGGAUCUACCAGAACAACGAAAAUCUGAAAUAUGAUCCUUUAUUCAGAGGAUAUUUGGACGAUAGCCCAAAUGUGGUCUUAGAGUGGAUUGGUCCAAUUGAUCCCGCGGCUGCUAAUAAUGUCAUGGUGGCGGAUAGGGUUACCUCUAUUAUUGAUUCUAUUGAAGAUUUAGAAAUGAAAAACGGAACUUCAAAUAGUAAUCUCUUAAAUGGCUUAUUCCAGUAUGCUGCAUCGAACUUUACUAAUACUAACCUUUCCACGCUUGUGGGUAGCACAAAUAUUGACCAAUAUCCUGUAAGGAAUAUACCACAUAGUUCCUCCCUCUUUGGACAGAUAUAUAACGAUACAUUGUUUAUUGGAAGUCCUUCAAUAGAUGGGCUAGCUAAAAUCAGUCGUCGCAAGGACGAUUGGAAUGAUAUUAUUGUUGAUCCACAACUGAUAGACACAGAAGGACCUGUUACCGGCAUUUUUCCAUAUUCGAAUGGUUUAGCACUUACCGUACAUUCUAAUCAGACAAACAUGGCAAGUUCAUUGAGUUUCAACGGUAGCAUUAGCACUAUAUUUCGUUCUAAUGCACCUAGUUUAUCUAUUUUGAAUUUGACAAUUGAUGGAAGUGAAAUAUUAGUCUUUGAUAAUGGAUAUGUUUAUAAUGUAUCGUCCCAGUCUGAUAUAUCAAAUUCUGAAACUUUAAAAUUGUCACUAUUGUCAGCUGGUGCAAAUUUAGAAGAUGAUCUAAUACUUGCAGGAAAUGUACAAUCAACUAAACAUUUUGUACCUAAUGGGGCUAUUGCAAUUGAUGCCGAUAGUAAUGAGGUGGUGACAUCAGGCCUUCCAUCAGUGGAUGAUGGAAUAAUCUACAGAGGUUUAUUCAUAAAUGAUUCGUCUUCUGCGUAUGCCUACUAUUCGAAAUCCUUAGGUAGUUCAAAAGGGGGUAUUGUAGUAUAUGGUGAACAUGAACCUGAAUAUUUAUCAACAGACGAUUCAACUGUCAAUGACAUGCUUUAUAUCAAAGAUUCCAAUUUACUCGCUGUUGUCACAAGUGGAACAAGUCAAGGUCUUGCCAGUUUGUAUAUUCACGAUUUAUCUGCUGAUUUUGCACCUAUAAAAGAAACCUUUGAAAUUGGUGAAGUUAUAAAUACAAUGGUUUUAUUUGGGCGAAACUAUACGUUGUUGGUUGGUGGUACUUUUACACGUAAUGGUUGUCGUGAUCUUUGUUUGUAUAAUUAUGCCACUAAUAAUUGGACACGAUUCAUGGAUGGCAAUAUAACGGGUGAUAUAAGGCAACUACAAUUCUUAGAUGGUAAUACUUUGAUGGUUGCGGGUUUAUUAGCUUCUUCUGACUCGAAAGAUCUUCAACUUGUAGAGAUAGAUCUUUCAAAUAUGGAGAUAAUAUCAAAGUUACAAGGCACCAAUACUGGAACUUUUCAACAUGUGUUAACUGUUGGUAACUCCAGUUCUGAACUAAUAGCACAUGAUGGUAAUCAAGUUUUCCACUUUGUGGAUGGACAAUGGAAGAAUAUUUCUCCUGAUACUUCUGGGCAAACCCAAAUUAAUGGUUUAACUCUUUUAUCUACAGAUUUCUCUCAAAGAAAUUCCAUAAUGAAGAGAGAUAGGGUUGGUAAUGAACUUGUGGUAAUAAAUGGAAAUUUUAGCAGUCCCGAUUAUGGUGACAUUAAUGCAAUGUAUUAUGAUUUUAAUGGUUGGAAUCCAUAUUAUUUUUCAGUUCCUCGAGAAUCUAAUUCAGAUGAAGUAAUUCCGCAAGGUCAACUUUUCCUGAAUAAAGAUGUAUCCUUUACUUCGAGUUCUCAGAUCUACUUAAGCAAUGAUAAUGACAAUGACGAUACUCCAGCCGCCAGUGAACCUGCAACUCAUGAAAAGCAUACUAAAAAGUUAGCUAAGAUAUUUGUUGUUUUAAUUGCAUUGGCUUUGGCAUUAGCUACAGUAGCUGUGUUAGGCGUGGUCGGUGUCUUAUUCGCUUAUCUAUUUGGUGACCACAACGCAUAUGAACCUUUGAAACCUAGGAUUAACGAGGCAGAAAUGUUGAAAACGGUGCCACCGGAGAAAUUGAUGAAAUUUAUUUAG